CAGUCAAGCCUUCAAGACGUCGUCAGAAAACAAAAAGCGGCGAUUGCCGCUUACAGUGGUUGCAUCUGAAGCGAGGGACAAGAAGAUUGCGACCCUGCUGUGCGGGUUGAGUACACCUGGGUGGGUGGCUUCCCCAUCAGCACCUGUGCUUGCCCUUCAGGGCCUCCCAGCUCAAGGGUCCGGCAGCACAGCUGCGGACCCUUGGUGACCCGGAGGGUCCGGACUUCUCCCUCUAGUGGCUCGCAGUGUGCUGGGUGCGGUGGCGACACGCCGGGAGCUGGGGGCCUGGAGCCUGGGCUCUCGCACGUCCCGGCUGGGGCGGUCAGUCUGGAUGUUGCUGGGAAGCAGCUCCGGGUUGCAGGGCAGGAACGCGCCCUUCCCCCGUGCAAACUUUCAGUCGCUGCGACGGAAGCAGGAACUUGAUCACGACCAAAUCUGCGGAGCCAGUGUGGGAGCUGCAGAGCAUCCCCUGCGAUCCUCUCCAGACCCUUCUGCGCUUCGCCGGUCCUUUGAAAAAGCCACCUAGCUGUCCUUGAGCCCAAGAGCCACGGGGACCACAAGGACCUCUGGUUUGCAGAGAAAAAGCAAUCUGUACAAUCUUCCUGAAGUAAACAGAGACCGGAAGAGUCACCCUUAACCUCUGAAGAGAGGCCAAGAUUAGCAGGAGUUCAGCAUGUCCCUCAGGGAGGAGCAGGGCUUGGCUUAUACUUUGGUGGUAAUUUGCUUCCUGACACCGAGGCUGUCUGCUGGUCAGAAGUGCCUCACCGAGAGUCUAGAGGAUGCUGUCAUCGACAUUCAGUCUUCUCUUUCAAAAGGGAUCCGAGGCAAUGAGCCCAUCCACACAGUAACUCAAGAAGACUGCAUCGGAGCCUGCUGCUCAACACAGGAUAUAGCAGGGGACAAACCGUGUAAUCUGAUGAUCUUCGACACCCGGAAGCCAGCCAGCCAGCCCAACUGCUACCUGUUUUUCUGUCCCAGUGAGGAAGCCUGCCCACUGAAGCCAGCAAAGGGACUCAGGAGCUACAGGCUCAUCAGAGAUUUUCCAGGGACCAGAGCUACUUCACCGCUCCAAAAGUUAACUCAAGAAGACUCUCUCUUACUUGACCCUACCUCGCCAGCACUCUCUCCCCAGGCCCCUCCGACCACGGGUUACCCAAAGCCCACCAGUCUGCUUUGGAGAGAUGUAUCUUCUCAGAGGUCCACUGCCUCAGCUCACUCACAGAAACUCAUCAAGAUUGAUGAAGCGAGCCCACAGCUCCCUGUUUAUAAAGAAAAAGGCCAUUCCCAGAGUUUGCAGCUAACCUCAGAACUAAAAAUGACUCCUCUGCUCCCUAAAAACGCGACUACCCCAUCUACUACCGUCUCUGUUGCUUCUCUCUACAAUGUCUCGGCCACUCUGAAGCCUGCACUUCUGUUGGCCACUGCUUCAGCAACACCUGUGACUUUACAGCAGAGGAUGACCACCACAUCUCCCCCUGUAACCACUGAGACCUGGAAGCCCCCCACAACCCCUGUGUCUACAAGUGUUAUGCACCAGGCAGCUCCGACUACUGUCUUUCAGGCACAUACGGACUCGAAAGGCAUCUUAGAAACAGUGCCCUUUCGAGGAGGCUCCAAGCUAACCUCAGACAUGGAGCAUGGGAAGAGCCCCCCGGUCCUUUCCUUGACAACCUCAGAGUCUUCCGAUAAAAGCAAGACCGCCUCCUGGGGAAAUGGGAGGGUCAGUGCAGGUAGUUCAUCACUGAGUAGAGUUCCAAAAGGCCAGCAUGGCCUUUCAUUUGAGAAGUGGCUUCUCAUUGGGACCCUGCUCUUUGGCGUUCUGUUCCUGGUAAUAGGCCUCGUCCUCUUGGGUAGGAUGCUGGCAGAAUCCCUCCGUAGGAAACGCUAUUCAAGACUUGACUACUUGAUCAAUGGGAUCUAUGUUGACAUUUAAAGACACAUUGGGCUCCUCUUAGUUCGUGUAAUAACUCAUUGCCAAACGUACCUGUGUUCCUUCACACACACACCCAUCUCAUGGGAACUGUAGCUUGAAGGAUGCCUACACUACUCUUCUUCUUUUUUCCAUUUUUGGGGCAGGCUCAGGUAGCUCAGGCUGGUCUUGAACCCAUUUUUCCUGCUUUUCCCCCCAACUCCCAGCUCAGGGGUUACAGGUUUUCACUACCAUGUCUGAAUUUUUAAUUGAAAAUUUUUUAAAAAAUUCUUUUGCAUCACUAGAGGUCAAAUUCAGGGCCUUCUGCAUGCUGGGCAAGCACUCUACUCCUGAGCCACAUCCCCAGCCCAAACAC